GAAAUAUUGAAGAAGGUACAUAGGUAUUCACACUGACGAUGAUCAUGACAUCGAUUCGCUGUCAGACCAAGACCCUCGCAUUUCCCGUCUCACGCAUCCAUUGCGGCACACCCAGCAACCAGCAAGCACAGUUACGCACCGCUUACCUUACGGAAAUGACCGUGAAUGACUGGUGCCGCCAACAGACUGCAUCGUGAGAAGCAGCUCAGAUGAAUCCGUGCGAGAGCCUAGAGGUUCCUGGGCGUAGGUGGGCGGAUCGCGUCGCAUCUCGGCCUCUAGAGGUGCAUUAGUUGGUGGACACCCGAAUGACCUGCAUCACAAGUCCAAAGUCAAUCGCCACUUGGACCGGGGCACAGUCAAGCACACUUGCUUCCGCUACGAAAUGCUCAUGCGAUGUAGCGACAAGGAAGGUAUCAGGAACAAACUCCGGAGACACAUUGACGAACACUCGAAAUGUCUUCGUUCGCCCGUACGGUGAGGGAGUAGACUACGACAAUAGCUCCAGGCCAGCUUGUAUCAUUCUGGAAGCGGGUUUGCAGACACCGAUCUCACAGAGGCGUUCUGGCCAGAAGAGUCCAUCGUAUGACCAUUCAUUGAAACGGUGGGGGAGUCGUGCAAGCCACGCUCUCGUCGUCAGCACUUGUAUUGGGCUUGCGUUUCACACACAGGUCGCGGCGAAUGCGGAAACUGCACAUGUACAAGGGCGGCUUGGAACAGAUGAUGAGUACCGUCGUCGGAUUCGGCAGAAGAUCAGCACACUCUUCAAAUCACGAAGGUGGGUGUACGCACACUAGAUAUGUACACACAUACGAGCUCCUCUUGCGUGUGCCUCAUCUCGGACAUUUAUUAUGACGAUCGUGAUUUGCGGAUCGAAACGACCACUAGGAGUCUGUGACGACAACCUCGGAACAUACAUAGGUAGACGCUCGUGAGACUUCAAAAAAGUGAUCACAUAGGGCUGAGCAAGAAUGAAUCUCCCAGCAUGAGCGCCAUCUAGGAAGACGAGAUCCCGCUAGCCAAAAGGCAAGAGGCGAGAUUGGAUUCGCAACGAUCGACUACGGGAACAAUCUUGGAAAAGUAACGGGCAUGGGCGUCGAUUUCACACUUGUAGAGGACGAUCAAGGCCCGUCGUGCCCCGUGGAAGCCGUCUGCGGGAAUUUCAUGA